AUGGCGUCAGAUUUGGAACUCGGCGACUCCCGAGUCGAGUUUAUAGCUGACUAUGUCAUAAAAACACUAAAAGUUAAGCCUGAUAAGUUUUCAAAAAUGUACAGCCAAGAGGAAACAAAGAUGAUGUUCAUGGAAUAUUUUGACAAACCGGAAAAUAUUUCUUUGGUAGUAAUUUCGUCAGGCAGUGGUUCUUUGAGUAUUCAGUAUGAAUGGCCAUCAAAUCCAAAAGCAAAAGCGUGCUACUUCGUGAAGAGGGGACGAGAAAAUGUUCAGAAAGACGCAGAUUUUAGAAAAAGUUUCAUAUAUGGCGAUUUGUCAUAUGCGCCAUUGGAUCAACUCUCUGCAUUUGUUGACGAGGUACUUGUUCCUCUGCUGUCAAAUGACAGGAACCAUGAACAAUGGCCACAGGUAGUGUCAAAUGAUGUUACUCGUCAUGUUCACAAUCUGAAAAGCAAUGUGUACGUGGUGUCUGGGCAGGCAAAGGGAAAAACACUGUUACCCUUGCCAGUAGGAGCAGAAAGGGUGGAACAAGCCGAUGAGGACAAGGAUUCCUUUGACAGAACAUUGAUUCAUGCCAUUGAGUCUGUGAUCAUUGAGUGGACGCAUCAGAUCAGAGAUGUGCUCAAGAGAGAUUCUGCCCAGCCUAUCCUUGAAGGCCUCCACCCUACACCUUUUGUGGAAAUUGAGUUUUGGAAAAACAAGGCUACCAACUUGGAAUGUAUAUAUGACCAGCUUCGGGAUUCCAAAGUCAGAAAGAUGGCCGAGUUGUUGGAGCGUACUCAGAGUAGCUAUUUUCCUACUUUCAAAGAUAUCUUCAGAGACGUCGUGGCUGCCCUUACUGAAGCUCAGGAUAUUAACAUGUACAUGACGCCACUACGUCACCAUUUUGAGGAUUAUGAACAGGCUGAAUUUGAUGAGAGCAUUCCAUUGUUGGCCCCUAUGAUGCAGACUGUUUGUUUGGUUUGGUCUCACUCUCAGUAUUACAAUACACCAGCCAGGAUCAUUGUGUUGCUCAAGGAGAUGUGUAAUAUGACCAUCAACAUGGCAUCAAAUUACUUGGAACCAACAGAGAUUUUCAAAGGGGAGCUGGAAGAAACUAUUGAAAAAGUACGCAAAGCCUGUGAUGUUCUGAAUGCAUUCAAAGCCACUUAUGAGGACCAUAAGAACAAAUUGAAGAGCUACUUUCCAGAGGGAACAGAACCAAGACUUUGGGAAUUCGCGCCAAAGCUUGUGUUUGCAAGAUAUGACAAAUUUCUUGAGAGAGUUGAAACCGUGAAGGAAUUGAUGGAAACUGCUCUGGAGUUCAUGAAACUGGAGAAGAUAGAAUUAGGAGGUAUAAAGGGAAAGAUGCUCAGUCAACAAGUUGUACAGCUGUUUGAAGAGUUCAAUGCCCAAUAUAAGGUGUUCACAGAGAAGAGCUAUGACUGUCUUGACCCAGCAAGCAAUGAGUUUCAAGAUGACUACAAUACAUUCUUGGAGAAAGUUUUUGACUUUGAUAGAAGACUUGCUACCAUUAUCUGCCAAGGAUUUGAUGACUGUUCCGGACUGGAGGCCCAAUUUAAGUUGCUGGACAUUAUGGGCAGUCUGCUGGAGAGGGAAAUGAUUAAGAAGGAUUUUGAAGAGAAGUACCCCAUGGUGAUUGCCACAUUGCACAAGGAAUUGGACAUGGUUAAAGUGAUCUAUGAUAAACAGAUGGAGGUCAAAGAAAGCUCUGGGAAGGCUUCAAUCCACAAGAAUAUGCCUAAAGUGUCGGGUAGCCUGAGGUGGGCACAGGAGCUUCGGGAGAGGAUCACAAUCCCAAUGGGCAAUUUUAAGCAUUUAGAACACCUAUGUAUGGAGUCUGAAGAUGCCAAGUUAGUUUUUACCAAAUAUGAAGAAAUGAUGCAACUUCUCAGUGCAUGGGAUGAGGACAUCUACAAGGAAUGGAUAGCUGGAGUAAGUGAAGCUUGCUCUUUUAAUCUUAGCCAAUCACUGCUGAUGAGAAAUGAAGAAACCAAAUUGGUUUCUGUGAAUUUUGACCCUCAAUUAACAGCAGUACUGCGGGAAGUGAAGUAUUUGGAUGCUCGUGAAAAGGAAGAAAUACCUGAAAGUGCAAGUGGCAUAUUUAAAAGGAAUGAUACUCUCUGGAAGUUUGUGACAAACCUUGACCUGACUGUGCACCUGUACAACAAAGUACGCAAGACCAUACUAGAAGUGGAAUUCCCUUUGAUAGAAAGCCAACUCCAGGAUAUAGAUCAGGAACUGCAACAGGCAGAAAAGACCAUGAAUUGGAAUGGGGAAGGUGUAUGGGAGUAUAUUGAAAAGACAAGAGACCAUGUGAUAGACUUGGAGUCUAGAGUACAAAAAGCUAAAGAUAAUGUGGAGGAAAUUAAGAAACUGAUGAACACAUGGAGUAAACUGCCACUCUUUGAGAGAAAGGAAGACAAGCAUGAGACCCUUCUCAACUUGGAGGACAGAAAAGAUCGUAUCAACAAGCGGUAUACAGAGAUAAAAAAUAUUGGAAACAAAAUACAUGAGCUUCUCAAGCAAAAUCUCGAGUUUUUCAAGGCAGAUGCAUCUUCUGAUAUCUGGAAGGCAUAUGUUGACUAUGUGGAUGAAAUGAUUGUAGAUGGUUUUUAUGCCAGUAUUCACUGUAGUGUGAAGUUUAUGUUGGACAAUACAGACAGCAAGAACAACCCUGAUUCUCUGUUUGAGGCCAUGUUGGAACUGCAGGCUCCAGAGAUGGUCUUCCAGCCAUCAUUGGACUAUGGUGUGGCAGAUGGUUUUUAUGACCUUGUAGAUGGAUUGAUUGGAGAUAUAUAUAAACAAGCAUCCCUAAUACCGCGCCUGGCUGCACACAGCGGGCAGGAACACUACCAGCCUGAUCUGGAGGACAUGGAAGAACUGUCAGAAAUGCGCCAGGAGCUGAUGGACCGCAUCACAAACAUUAUGAAUAAGGCAUGCGAGUACAGAAAUUCUUUUGACAACUAUUCUUACCUUUGGACAGAUGACAGGAAUGAGUUCAUGCGACAGUUUCUGCUGUACAACCAUGUCCUCACCACAGAAGAAAUUGAGGCUCAUGCUGAAGAUGGCGUACCUGAAAGUCCUCCAACUCUCAAGCAAUUCAAAGAACAGAUUGACACAUAUGAGAAAAUAUAUGAAGAGGCAGAGCAAGUGGAACCAAUCAUGAUAUUCGAAACUUGGUUCCGAGUUAAUUCAAAGCCAUUCAAACAAGCUCUAUUAAACACAAUAAAGAGAUGGAGUUUCAUGUUUAAACAGCAUCUGAUUGACCAUGUAACCAACAGCCUGCGGGAACUUGGUGACUUCAUCAAGACAACUGAUGGUGGCUUGACAAAGCCUGUAGAAGAGGGAGACUACAAUGGACUGGUGGAGUGUAUGGGUUAUUUAUUUGCUGUCAAGGAGAGACAAGCCACUACAGAUGAAAUGUUUGAACCUCUCAAGCAGACCAUUGAACUUCUGAAGACAUAUGAACAAGAAAUGCCAGAGGAAGUUCAUUUACAGCUGCAGGAAUUGCCAGAACAGUGGAACAACACAAAAAAGAUUGGAAUCACUGUUAAGCAACAGGUGGCACCACUGCAAGCCACAGAAGUAGCUAACAUUCGCAGGAAGACUGCAACGUUUGAUGUAAACCAGCACAAAUUCAGAGAAAAGUUCCGAGGCAUACCACCUUUCAGAUAUGACUGUGAAAAGGCAUACCAACACAUCGACAAAUAUCAUGAGGAGAUUGCUGCCAUGGAGAAGAACAUGAGUGACUUGCUGGACUCGGCUGGGUUAUUUGAAGUCAAUGUUCCUGACUUUAAACAACUAAAGCAGUGUCGUAAAGAGAUAAAGCUGCUAAAGACACUUUGGGAUUACAUUGUGAUGGUACGCAGCAGUAUUGAUGACUGGAAAACUACACCAUGGAAGGACAUCAAUGUCGACCAGAUGGAUAUGGACAGCAAGAAGUUUGCCAAAGAUAUCCGCACUUUGGAUAAGGAAAUGAGAGCAUGGGACUCCUACUUAGGACUUGAAAACACUGUCAAGAACAUGCUGACCUCUUUGAGGGCAGUCAGUGAGCUUCAAAAUCCUGCCAUCCGGGACAGACAUUGGCAGCAGCUUAUGGCAGCAACAAAGGUACGGUUUGUUAUGGAUGAGAGUACCACUCUAGCUGACCUGCUGCUACUUAACUUACACAACUUUGAGGAUGAGGUACGCGGCAUUGUAGACAAGGCAGUGAAGGAAAUGAGUAUGGAGAAGGUACUGAAGGAGUUGGACACCACCUGGACAACAAUGGAGUUUGACCAUGAACCACACCCACGUACAAAGAUCACUAUGCUGAAGACAAGUGAGGAACUCAUCGAAACCCUUGAGGACAACCAGGUACAACUGCAAAAUAUGCUGUCCUCCAAGUAUAUUGCCCACUUCCUUCAAGAAGUGUCAAGCUGGCAGAAAAAGCUGUCCACUGCUGACCAGGUCAUUUCUAUCUGGAUGGAAGUCCAGCGCACAUGGUCUCAUUUGGAAAGUAUUUUCAUUGGCUCAGAAGAUAUCCGAGCUCAGCUACCAGAAGACUCCAAGAGAUUUGAUGGAAUUGACAAUGACUUCAAGGAACUGGUAUCAGAAAUGGAGAAAACAAAGAAUGUUGUGGAGGCAACCAACCAACCUAACCUGUACGAGCGUCUGGAGGCCCUGCAGGGUUCCCUGACAAUUUGCGAGAAGGCAUUGGCAGAGUACUUGGAGACCAAGCGUCUGGCUUUCCCCAGAUUCUACUUUGUCUCCUCUGCAGAUCUCUUAGACAUCCUGUCUAAUGGCAACAAUCCAACAGCUGUACAACGUCACUUGACCAAGUUGUUUGACAGCAUGGCCAAGCUGAAACUGAUCCAAGAUGACCAGGGUAAUGAUACUAAGACAGCAACUCUGAUGUGGAGUAAGGAUGGUGAAAGUGUGGAGCUGGACAAGGAAUGUGACCUUGGUGGCCAGGUGGAAGUGUGGCUCAUGAGACUUCUCAGAGCGAUGUGCAGUACAGUGAGACAUGAGAUGACAGAGGCUGUGGGUGGAUAUGAGGAAAAGCCACGAGAACAGUGGCUGUUUGACUUUCCGGCCCAGGUAGCCUUAUGUGGCACACAGAUUUGGUGGACGACCGAGGUUAAUAUUGCCUUUGGGAGACUGGAGGAAGGCUAUGAGAAUGCCCUCAAGGACUACAAUAAAAAACAGGUUGCCCAGCUGAACAGUCUCAUCAAUAUGCUGAUUGGUCAGUUAUCCAAGGGUGAUCGUCAAAAGAUUAUGACCAUCUGCACCAUUGAUGUACAUGCUCGAGAUGUAGUGUCCAAGAUGAUAGCAACCAAAGUGGACAGUGCCCAGGCCUUCGCUUGGUUGUCCCAACUCAGACACAGAUGGGAUGACAAUGAUAAGGACUGCUAUGCAAACAUUUGCGAUGCCCAGUUCCGAUACUCCCAUGAAUACCUAGGCAACACUCCACGUCUUGUGAUUACUCCACUCACAGACAGAUGCUACAUUACCCUGACCCAGUCACUCCACUUGAUCAUGAGUGGUGCCCCGGCAGGGCCUGCUGGAACAGGGAAGACAGAGACCACAAAAGAUUUGGGCAGAGCUCUUGGUGUCAUGGUAUAUGUGUUCAACUGCUCAGAACAGAUGGACUACAAGUCAAUUGGAAACAUCUACAAAGGGCUGGCUCAAUCUGGAGCCUGGGGAUGCUUUGAUGAGUUCAACCGCAUCGCAGUAGAGGUGUUGUCUGUGGUGGCUGUCCAGGUAAAAUGUAUCCAGGAUGCUAUUCGUGACAAAAAGUCAAUCUUCAACUUCCUUGGAGAAACCAUCAAACUUCUGCCAACUGUUGGUCUCUUCAUCACCAUGAACCCUGGUUAUGCUGGUCGUACAGAACUUCCUGAGAACCUAAAGGCUUUGUUCAGACCAUGUGCUAUGGUGGUGCCAGAUUUUGAACUGAUUUGUGAAAUCAUGUUGGUGGCUGAAGGUUUUCUGGAAGCUCGUCUCCUGGCCAGAAAGUUUAUCACUUUGUACAGUUUGUGUAAGGAGCUUCUGUCAAAACAGGACCAUUAUGACUGGGGACUGAGGGCCAUCAAAUCUGUCCUUGUAGUGGCUGGCUCCCUAAAGAGGAGUGACCCUGAUCGACCUGAAGAUCAGGUGUUGAUGAGAGCUUUACGAGAUUUCAACAUCCCGAAAAUUGUCUCAGAUGAUUUGCCUAUCUUCAUGGGUCUGAUUGGAGAUCUGUUCCCAGCCCUCAAUGUACCAAGGAAGCGUGACAUGGACCUUGAAAAGUUGAUCAAAACAGCCACUCUUGACCAGAAGCUUCAGCCUGAGGACAACUUUAUUCUCAAGUGUGUACAACUGCAAGAGCUGUUUGAGGUGCGUCACUCUGUGUUCUGUCUAGGAAAUGCAGGCGUGGGAAAGAGUAAGGUGUGGGGCACACUAAUCAGGACCUACAGGAACCAGGGCAAAAAGCCAUUGGCCAUUGAUCUUGAUCCCAAGGCAGUGACAAAUAACGAGCUGUUUGGUAUCAUCAACCCAGCCACCAGAGAGUGGAAAGAUGGUCUCUUUUCUGUGAUUAUGCGUGACCUUGCCAACAUGUCUGGAGAUGGCCCCAAGUGGAUUGUGCUGGAUGGAGAUAUUGAUCCAAUGUGGAUUGAGUCCCUGAACACUGUUAUGGAUGACAACAAGGUUUUGACCCUGGCCAGUAACGAGCGUAUUCCUCUCACCAACUCUAUGAGGCUGCUUUUUGAGAUCUCUCACCUGAGAACUGCCACCCCAGCUACUGUUUCUAGAGCUGGUAUUCUCUUCAUCAACCCUGCUGAUCUUGGCUGGAAUCCGUACGUCCAGAGCUGGAUAGAUACUCGUGAGGUACAAUCGGAGAAAGCCAAUUUGUCCAUUCUCUUUGAGAAGUACAUACCAUUAUGUCUGGAUACCAUGCGUUUCCGCUUCAAGAAGAUCACACCAGUGGCUGAGGUGUGCCAAAUCCAGAUGUUGUGCUACCUGUUGGAGUGCUUUCUCACUGCGGAGAACACCCCUCCUGACUGCCCUAAAGAACUGUAUGAACUGUACUUUGUCUUUGCAUGUGUAUGGGCCUUUGGUGGAGUGACCUUCCAAGAUCAGCUCGUGGACUAUCGAGUUGAAUUCACCAAAUGGUGGACAACAGAAUUCAAGACAGUCAAAUUCCCCAUCCAAGGAACUGUGUUCGACUACUACAUUGACAAUGAAACAAAGAAAUUUGAGCCAUGGACUAAACUUGUACAGAAGUUUGAACUUGAUCCAGAUGUACCAUUACAGGCUGCUUUGGUGCACACAUCAGAGACGACGAGGAUCAAGUUCUUCCUUGACAUGUUGGUGGACAGGAGACGCCCUGUCAUGUUGGUAGGAAACGCUGGAACAGGCAAGACUGUGUUGAUGGGUGACAAACUCAACAAUGCCUCUGAGGAGUACAUGGUUGCUAAUGUGCCCUUCAAUUUCUAUACCACUUCAGAGAUGUUGCAGUCUAUCCUCGAGAAGCCGCUGGAGAAAAAGGCUGGACGAAAUUUUGGACCUCCGGGAACGAGGAAGCUCAUCUACUUUGUGGAUGAUAUGAACAUGCCAGAGGUGGAUAAAUACUUCACUGUACAGCCUCAUACACUGAUGAGACAGCACAUUGACCACAGCCAUUGGUAUGACAGGACCAAGCUGACCUUGAAGGAUAUCCACAAUACCCAGUAUGUUGCCUGUAUGAACCCCACUGCUGGUAGCUUUACUAUUGAUUCCCGUCUACAGAGACAUUUUUGCGUGUUCUCUAUGAACUUCCCAAAUGGAGAAGCAUUGACAACCAUUUACACCAGCAUCCUAUCCCAGCACUUGGCUCAGAACAGUUUUGCUCAAGCAGUGCAGAAGUAUGUGCCGACUGUCAUCACUGGUGCACUGGCCCUCCACACCAAAGUCACCAGCACCUUCUUGCCCACAGCCAUCAAGUUCCACUAUGUCUUCAACCUCAGAGAUCUAUCCAACAUUUUCCAGGGCCUUUUAUUUGCUUUACCGGAAUGUGCAAAAACGCCUGUGGAACUGGUGCGCCUGUGGCUUCAUGAAUCAGAAAGAGUAUAUAAAGACAAACUUGUUGACCAGGCUGACCUUGAGGGAUAUGAUAAAGUUGUCAAAGACACUGUCAAAAAGAAUUUUGAGGAUAUUGAUGAAGCAAUUUUGUACAAACAACCAUUGAUGUACUGCCACUUCUCCCAAGGUGUUGGAGAUCCCAAAUACAACUCAGUUACUUCCUGGGAGGACAUCAACAAAAUCCUGGUGGAAGCUUUGGAAAACUACAAUGAACUGAAUGCUGCGAUGAAUUUGGUUCUCUUUGAGGAUGCUAUGAUGCAUGUGUGCAGGAUCAAUCGUAUUCUUGAAUCACCAAGAGGAAAUGCUCUCCUGAUUGGUGUUGGUGGUAGUGGAAAGCAAAGUCUGUCUCGACUUGCUGCAUCUAUCAGUAGUCUUGAUGUAUACCAGAUCACACUGAGAAAAGGAUAUAGCAUUGCUGACUUGAAGCUUGAACUGUCCACUCUGUAUCUGAAGGCUGGGCUUAAAAAUAUGGGUAUAGUCUUCCUCAUGACAGAUGCCCAAGUGGCUGAUGAGAGGUUCCUUGUACUCAUCAAUGAUCUGUUGGCUUCAGGAGAAAUCGCUGACUUGUUUCCUGAUGAUGAAUUGGAGAAUAUCAUCAAUGGCAUCAGGAAUGAAGUGAAAGGUGUGGGGCUAGAGGACAGUAGGGAAAACUGCUGGAGGUUUUUCAUUGAUAAAGUCAGGAGGUUACUGAAGGUUGUACUGUGUUUCUCCCCUGUUGGCUCUACUCUUCGUGUAAGGGGAAGGAAGUUUCCUGCGGUCACCAACUGUACCUGUAUUGACUGGUUCCACGAAUGGCCAGAAACAGCUCUCAUCUCUGUAUCUAGUAGGUUCCUGGAGGAAAUAGAAUUACUCGGUGUGGAUAUGAGAGAAUCCAUAUCACAAUUCAUGGCCUUUGUGCAUCAGUCUGUCAAUGAAACCAGCCAGAAAUAUCUAGCCAAUGAGAAAAGGUACAACUACACAACACCAAAGAGUUUCCUAGAGCAGAUCAAACUGUAUGACAAUCUUUUGAACAAGAAGAAUAUGGAUUUGCAGGCAAAGAUUAUUCGCUUAGAGAAUGGUUUGGAGAAGCUGAGAAGUACAGCUACACAGGUAGCUGAUCUGAAAUCCAAAUUGGCAUCACAAGAGGUAGAGCUGGCCCAAAAGAACGAAGAUGCCAACAAGCUUAUUACAGUGGUUGGAGCAGAAACAGAGAAGGUAUCCAAGGAAAAGGCCAUUGCAGAUGAAGAGGAGCGCAAAGUGUCUGUGAUCACUGAGGAAGUUGGUAAAAAGCAAGUGGACUGUGAGCGGGAUCUGGCCAAAGCUUUGCCAGCCUUGGAAGCAGCAAAGGAAGCAUUGAACACCCUAAACAAGACCAAUUUGACUGAGAUGAAGUCUUUUGGUAGCCCCCCUCCAUCUGUAAUUAAUGUUACAGCUGCUGUUAUGGUUCUGCUAUCACCAGGCAACAAAAUCCCCAAGGACAGGAGCUGGAAGGCUUGCAAGACCCAGAUGAUGGGCAAGGUUGAUCAGUUCCUUGACAACUUGGUGACUUAUGACAAAGACAACAUCCAUGAGAACUGUCUUAAAGCCGCAGAUCCAUACCUGAGUGAUCCAGAGUUUGAUCCGGAGUUCAUCAAGGCUAAAUCUGCUGCUGCUGCUGGCCUUUGUUCUUGGGCAGUAAACAUUGUUAUGUAUUACAAAGUAUUCUGUACUGUAGAGCCAAAGAGACUUGCCCUUCAACAAGCAAACGCUGAAUUGUCUGCUGCCAGAGAAAAGCUGAGGAUCAUUACCAACAAGAUUCAACAGCUAGAGGCUGAUUUAGGCAAGUUGACUGCAGAAUUUGAACGUGCUACAUCUGAGAAAUUGAAGUGUCAACAAGAAGCCGAGUUGACAGCCAAGACAAUUGAGUUAGCCAAUCGUCUGGUUGGUGGUCUAGCAUCAGAAAAUGUACGUUGGGCUGAUGCUAUUGGAGACUUUCGAGAGCAAGAGAAGACCCUUGCUGGAGAUGUGCUGCUGAUCACUGCAUUUGUGUCCUACUCUGGUUGCUUCACAAAACUCUAUCGUUUGGAUAUGAUGGACAACCACUGGCUGCCAUAUUUGAAAGCACUGAAAAGCCCAAUUCCUGUAUCAGAAGGAUUAGAUCCAUUGACACUUUUGACAGAUGAUGCUCAGAUUGCUUCAUGGAAUAAUGAGAGUCUUCCAAGUGACAGGAUGUCCACAGAAAAUGCCACUAUUUUAAGCAACUGUGAACGUUGGCCCUUGAUGAUUGAUCCCCAGCUACAAGGCAUUAAAUGGAUAAAAACGAAGUAUGGAGCUGACCUGAAGAUUGUUCAGCUAGGACAAAAGGGAUAUUUGGAUGCCCUAGAACGAGCCGUGUCAUCUGGGGAUGUGGUUUUGAUUGAGAACUUGGGAGAAUAUGUGGAUCCUGUCCUAGAUCCUCUCAUUGGCCGCAACACAAUUAAGAAAGGACGAGCCAUCAAGAUGGGAGACAAGGAGGUUGAGUACCACAAGGAUUUCCGCCUUAUCCUCCAGACUAAAUUGGCUAACCCUCACUACCAACCUGAAAUGCAGGCCCAGGCCACUCUCAUCAACUUUACUGUGACCAAGGAUGGUCUAGAAGAUCAGCUUCUGGCCGCUGUGGUAAGCAAGGAGAGACCUGACCUUGAGAAACUUAAAGCAGAUCUCACUCGCCAACAAAACCAGUUCAAGAUCACACUGAAGGAGCUGGAAGACUCACUCCUUGCUCGUUUAUCUGCAGCUGAAGGUAACUUUUUGGGUGACUAUGCACUGGUGGAAAACCUGGAGACUACAAAGAGAACAGCUGCAGAGAUAGAAGUAAAAGCAGAGGAGGCUAAGAAGACAGAGGUAGAAAUUAACAUUGCCCGUGAAAUAUACCGACCAGCAGCUGCCCGUGCUUCUCUGCUCUACUUUAUCCUCAACGACCUGCAUAAGAUUCAUCCAAUGUAUCAGUUCUCUCUCAAGGCAUUCAGUGUGGUGUUUGAGAAGGCUAUUGAUCGAGCUGAACCAGCAGAGGAUGUGAAGACACGAGUCAACAAUCUGAUUGACUGCAUCUCCUAUUCUGUGUUUAUGUAUACAGCAAGAGGUCUUUUUGAGAGGGACAAGAUCAUCUUCACAGCACAGAUGGCAUUCCAAAUCCUAUCAACUAACAAGGAACUGAAUCCUACAGAACUGGACUUCCUUUUGCGUUUCCCUGCUGUGCCAAAUGUCAUUUCACCUGUUGACUUCAUGAACAACAACAGCUGGGGAGGAAUCAAGGCUAUGGCCAACAUGGAUGAGUUCAGGAAUUUGGACAGGGACAUAGAAGGGUCUGCCAAACGGUGGAAAAAGUUUGUAGAGAGUGAAUGUCCUGAAAAGGAGAAGUUUCCUCAGGAGUGGAAGAACAAGACCUCCCUACAGAAACUAUGUAUGAUGCGUGCUCUGCGUCCUGACAGGAUGACAUAUGCUGUCAAGAACUUUGUGGAAGAAAAGAUGGGUACCAAGUAUGUUGAAGGUAGAUCUGUGGACUUUGCUACGUCAUAUGAGGAAUCUGGUCCUGGCACGCCAAUCUUUUUCAUCCUUUCUCCAGGAGUGAAUCCCCUAAAGGAUGUUGAAGCUCAUGGAAAGAAAAUUGGAUUUACAGAAGACAACAACAACUUCCAUAACAUCUCCCUAGGGCAAGGUCAGGAAAUAGUGGCAGAGCAAGCAAUGGAUUUGUCUGCCAAGGAAGGACACUGGGUCGUUUUACAGAAUGUCCACUUGGUAGCAAAAUGGCUGGGAACUUUGGAAAAGAAGAUGGAAACUUAUAGUCAGGAGAGUCAUGAAAACUACAGACUUUACAUUAGCGCAGAGCCAGCAGGUUCACCAGAAUAUCACAUUAUCCCUCAAGGUAUCCUGGAGUCUGCUAUCAAAAUCACAAAUGAGCCUCCAACUGGAAUGUUUGCCAACCUGCACAAGGCCCUAGAUAAUUUCAAUCAGGAUACCAUGGAAAUGUGUGCGAGAGAGACCGAGUUUAAGAGUAUCCUGUUCUCACUGUGCUAUUUCCAUGCUGUCGUCUGUGAGCGGCGUAAGUUUGGCCCCCAGGGCUGGAACAGGGUUUACCCAUAUAACACCGGCGAUCUUACUAUUAGUGCCAUGGUGUUGUACAACUAUCUGGAAGCCAAUGCAAAAGUGCCAUGGGAAGAUCUUCGCUACCUGUUUGGUGAAAUCAUGUAUGGAGGACACAUCACAGAUGACUGGGACAGACGCCUCUGCAGGACAUACCUCGAGGUGUACAUGCACUCUGAAAUGUUGGAUGGUGAGUUGUACCUGGCACCAGGCUUCCCAAUUCCACCAAACUCGGACUACAAAGGCUACCAUGCAUACAUUGACGAGUGUCUUCCACCAGAGAGUCCAUACCUGUAUGGCUUGCAUCCAAAUGCGGAGAUAGAAUUUUUGACCACAACAUCAGAGACUUUGUUCAGGACUGUGUUUGAAAUGCAGCCCCGUGAGGCAGGAGCAGGAUCCGGUGCAGGUGUCAGUAGGGAGGAGAAGAUCAAAUCAAUACUUGACGAGAUUAUGGAAAAGCUUCCAGAAGAAUUCAACCUUGUUGAAAUUCAAGCCAAGGUGCCCCCAGAUGAGAGGACCCCAUAUGUUUUGGUGGCAUUCCAGGAAUGUGAACGCAUGAAUUCACUGACAAGUGAAAUGAGGAGAUCCUUGAAAGAGCUGGAUCUUGGUCUCAAGGGAGAACUUACUAUCACAGCUGAUAUGGAGACCCUUGGGAAUUCCAUGUUCUUAGAUGUUGUACCUGCAAGCUGGACAAAGAGAGCAUAUCCAUCCUUGCAUGGCCUCACAGCUUGGUAUGCUGAUCUUCUGCUUCGUAUCAAGGAAUUAGAAUCGUGGACAUCAGAUUUCCAACUUCCUGCUGCAGUGUGGCUCGGUGGGUUCUUCAAUCCACAGUCCUUCCUGACCGCCAUUAUGCAGCAGAUGGCCAGAAAGAAUGAGUGGCCUCUUGACAGAAUGGCAUUGCAGUGUGACGUGACCAAGAAGAGUCGAGAGGAUAUGGCUGGCCCGCCUCGAGAGGGUGCUUAUGUCCAUGGCCUGUACAUGGAAGGUGCUCGCUGGGACAUGCAGACAGGUAUGAUCAAUGAAGCCCGACUCAAGGAACUGGCUCCACCAAUGCCAGUGAUCUUCAUCAAAGCCAUACCAGUAGAUCGUAUGGAUGUUAAAAACAUCUAUGAGUGCCCAGUGUACAAGACAAAAAGCCGUGGUCCAACGUUUGUCUGGACAUUCAACCUGAAGAGUAAAGAAAAGCAGAGCAAGUGGACCCUAGGUGGAGUGGCCUUGCUGCUGCAAGUGUAGGCAAACUCUGUAAAUGAAACAAUUCAUCAACACAGAACAAUUUUCUGUACAAGUUUCCAGAUGCAUUGCACAGCAUUUGUAUCUUUAAAGUUACAUCCAAUGACUUCAUUUUUUUUGUGGUGGUUUUUAAAUUCAACAAUCAAACUACAUGAAAUUAAUUUCAGUACCAGUGUUUUAGAAUGUAUUUGAUUUUUUUUUUAAUAUUAUUUAUUAACAUAUGUAUUUCGAUGCAAAUUUAUUUCAAUGGUUUAUUUUUGUCAGAGACAGCAUUUUAAUGUUAAACGUUUACCAGGAUUUGCAUAACAUUGUACUUGAUAUUUGUACUGCAGCAUUAUAUAAAGCUGUGGAGUAUUGGAGAAAAAUGAAUGGUCACACAAUACCAACAUUUGGUACAAAAUUACUGAAGAGACACUAGACAGCUGAUAUGCACAAUUGUAAUACAGUAUAAAAAAAAACUUAACCCUAAACCUGACCUGUCCAUGUUUGUGAAUUAUAAAAUAAAAGAGGUGUGAUUAUUCUGUAAACAAAUUAUUUCAUAAUAAAUAUGUAUUACGGCUUGUAAUAUUACUUGU